GCAGGGGUGGGAGAAAUUCCGCUUCCCCUUCCGGCUGAUGGUUCCCUCGGUCUGCCGGCUCCUGUCAGUAUGGGGGCAGUGAGGAAACAGUGGUUGCGCUUGUUGUGGGCAACAGCAUUUGCUGCCUUUAUACUUGCUGUAGAUGCAUCAUUUGUGGAAGACUUAGAUGAAUCGUUUAAAGAGAACCGUAAAGAUGACAUUUGGCUUGUUGAUUUCUAUGCACCUUGGUGUGGCCAUUGCAAGAAAUUGGAGCCAGUGUGGAAUGAAGUUGGUAAAGAGAUGGGAAGUAUUGGGUCUCCAAUAAAGGUUGGCAAGAUGGAUGCAACUUCUUAUUCUAGUACUGCCUCUGAAUUUGGAGUUCGAGGCUAUCCAACAAUUAAACUGUUGAAGGGUGACUUAGCAUACAAUUAUAGAGGACCAAGGACCAAAGAUGAUAUUAUUGAGUUUGCAAAUAGAGUUGCAGGGCCUAUUAUUCGUUAUCUCCCUAGCCAGCAUAUGUUUGAGCAUGUUCAAAAAAGACAUCGCAUAUUUUUUCUGUACAUUGGUGGGGAAUCUCCAUUAAAGGAAAGAUACAUAGAAGUUGCUUCCGAACUAAUUGUUUAUACAUACUUUUUUUCUGCCUCAGAAGAGAUACUUCCCGAGUAUGUGACACUCCCUGAGAUGCCAGCUGUUCUAGUCUUUAAAGAUGGAACUUACUUUGUGUAUGAUGAGUAUGAAGAUGGUGAUUUGUCAGCCUGGAUAAAUAGGGAAAGAUUUCAGGGGUACCUUAGUAUAGAUGGAUUUACACUCUAUGAGCUUGGAGACACAGGAAAACUUGUGGCUGUUGCAGUUAUUGAUGAUAAAAAUGUUUCUGCUGAACAUGCAAGGUUGAAGUCUAUUGUUCAGGAAGUGGCUAAAAAUUACAGAAGCCAUUUUCAGAGAAACUUCCAAUUUGGCUAUAUGGAUGGAAAUGAAUACAUUAAUAGUUUACUAAUGGAUGAUUUGAAAAUCCCCACUAUUGUUGUCCUGAAUACAUCCAAUCAACAAUAUUUCCUACCUCAUAAACCAAUAGAGAGCAUUGAAGAUCUGGUCCAGUUCAUUAAUGAAAUUUUGGAAGGCACAGCAGAAGCAUAUGGUGGAGAUGGAAUUCUUCAACGAAUCAAGAGAAUAAUUUAUGAUGCCAAGUCCACAGUGGGAUCUGUUUUCAAGAGUUCCCCACUUCUUGGUUGCUUUCUCUUUGGUCUACCACUGGGUGUCAUCAGCAUCAUGUGUUACGGGAUUUGCACUGCUGACACUGAGGGAGGGUCAGAUGAAGCAGAGGCAUCUAAGAAGGAAACUACAAGCAGGGAUCUAACUGAUGAAGGCACUGAAGAAGAACAAGAGGAAAACAGUGAAAGUCCUAUAGAACUUCCAGAGAGAGAGCAAGAACAGAAAACUAUAUUAGAAAAAAAGACAGACUAAAUUGUUAACUUUUUUUCUGUAGAAUUUCCAAAUAGAGACUUAUUUAUUGAAUUCAAUUAUACCUGUGAUCUUCAGAGAUAAGAACUUUUUCAUGUAUUUGUGUUAUGUGCAUGCAUUCAAGUUGCUUGGCUGUGAAGAAGAAUGGGGUGGGAGUUGGGGUUUCAAAGUCUCUUAUUAUCUUUAUUCUGCUUAAAAAGAAAAUUCAGGAAAGCAGAUGAGUUAUUUUACAGGAUAAAUUUUGAGUUGGGUAAAAAAAAGCCCUCUUACUUCUCUUUUGAGUACUGAUAUUUACAAUUAAAAACAAUUUUACCAUUAUGGCCAAAGUAAUUCAUUCAUUCAUUCAUUGUUUCCCUCCCUCCCUCUCUCCCUCCCUCCCUUCAGCAGGGAUUAACUCAGUUUAGAAUAAAACCUAUAAAUAUUGAGCUGUAGAAAUCUUUCAUGGGAAAUACACUUUGAGAUGUUACAUAUUUUAGUAGCUAUACUUUCAAAAAAGCAGUAUUUUUUUAAAGAAAAUAAUUUAGAAUUUCUCUUUUACAAAAUGGAAUUGAUAAAGAGAAGUAUUACAAAUUCCCUGGCCUUUUUUUUUUUUUUAAUAUGAUUAGUAAAUUUAGAAGUAGCAUUUACUUUUUGAUCUCUGGGUCCAGUUGGUACUACAUUACAUUAUAUUGGUCCAAUAUGUUGCUUUAAAGGUAAUAAAUAUUUUUCCUUUACAGGAAUUUUCCCUGUAUCUUAACUAUAUGACAGUCUCAGGAUUCUAUUUGUAAAUUGCUUCAUUAGCAGAAUAAUUUGGCCAGUGUGGCUGCUGCAUAGUUAAUGGCAUUUUUUUUUAACUUUAAACAACAUUAGGCUACUUUACAAAACCCUUGCUACAUAUUUGGUUUCUGCAGCUGAAAAGAAACCUUAAAUUAAUAUUUUAUUAACUUACUAACGUUGAACAUGCAUUUGACAUCUUUGCUGUCUGUCUGUUGAAUGGGGAAGACUAAUUAUGCAUAACAUGGUCAGCAUUUAAAGUAAGAAUGGUUUUUGUCAUAUGUUUAAUCAUAUAUGUCAUCCCUCAUACUGUCCCAUGGUAUGGAAAGGACCAUGUCUCCAGGGUUGAGAUCUCAAGGGAUAAGCCAUAGGGUGAUGCUUGGAGGAUUGAUACCAUGGUGAUUACCAUAGCAAUCAAGCUUAUGCUACUCAUUUUUAAGACUAUGGCUGUUUAACAUUCAGUUUAAAAACUGAAAAUAAAAAUUCUAAGCUUGUGUCUCAUGGUGGAAUACUUGGCUUUAAUCAGCACAGUUGCUUAUAUACCUUGUCAAAAUACUCAAAUAAAUUUUAAGUUUAACUUUUUUAAAAAAAAUAUGGAGUUAAGGCUAAGGAAUCUUCUGCUUCCUACUUCAGCUAAUUUCAUUCCCUAUGCCAAACUCUGAUAACUCUGUAAAGCAAAGCUGUCAAGCCUAAUUCUUUGUCAUACAAUAUCUUACUAAUUGGAAGGAAAUUAUACAGUCACUAUUGCAGUUGCUUUGAAAAAUAACCAUACACAUUUUUUAGAACAAGAACCCUAUUCCUUGAUAAAAAUGAAUAUUGGUCUUUAAAAAUACUUUAUAUUACUUGUGGUUUCAUAUCAAGUACUUUUAUUGGCAGUUACUCUCUAUCCAAAGAAUAAAUGGCUUUAUUCUA